AGAGAACAAGUGAGUGAGUGAGUUAGAGAGAGGGAAACACACACACACACACACCCUCCACACACCAGCUCUUACCGGAUAGACUACUCUACUCCUCACAUGGCUGUGUAACAACAGUAACACAGUGGAGAUAGAAAAAGAGAAAUAGCAGGAGGAAUGUCAGCUCAUGGUGGACUCUACUGCUUUACCUGUACAGCUGGGGAUCUAGACCUGCAGUUCUUUCUUUCAUAAAAGAGGAGAGUCUGAGACCAGAGGAGCUGCAUUUCUUGGACUUUUAGAGUAUGAGCACUGAGGGAGCAGGAAACUGUACAGUGUAAUCUCAGGUAAAGCCAGGACUGAAGAGAUGAACUGAUGAGUCGGACUUUGAACAGCCUGCGGUUAAACCCUAAACCUUCAAAAAGAAUAUAAAUCAGAGGCUCUUUGCAUGAUUAAAGAAGCUCGGAAAGACCAUGAGAUGUGUGAACAGUGACAUCCCUCUUUGAAGAUGUCAGAUGCUAAACCAUGGGAAAUAUAGAGAGCCAAAAUGGAGACCAGAGCUUAUACUUCGACGCUCAAAGCCAUCUAUCACGCAAACACAUGUCACACUCACUCCGGAUUUCCAAUAAGCAUUCACGCCACGCUUGCAACAUUUCAUCUGGUAAAGUUGAGCAUCAUGGUUCAGAAGCCAGCACCAGAUCAAGCAGCACUCCCAGCAUCCCUCAGUCGCUGAGUGAAAAUUGCCUGGAGCCCUUUAAUGAGACAGAUGCUCUGAGUGGACACGAGUGGGAGGAUCCGGUUGGCGUGAACCUGCGGCCCAUAUCUUUUCAUGACCAGCCUGGUGAACCAAGUACCGCACCAGGCUCAGAGGACGGAGGGGAAACAGUGGUGGGUGAUAUACAGGAUGAUGAUGGUCUCAAUGAGACAGAAAAGACAUAUCUACAGAAGGUGAAUGAUCCACCUGGUGAAGGUGGAAGCUUCAAGAACAAGAAGCGCUCCAAAUCAGCCGACAUGUGGCGUGAAGACUCACUUGAGUGCUCGCUGUCCGACCUUAGCCAGGAACAGUUAACUAGCACAGAGGAGAUCAUCCACACCACUGAGCCUGAAAAAAUAGUAAACAGCGAACAUAAGGGUCACUCUGGUGAGAGGACCAAUUCUUUAGAUGAUCUGUGCACAGAGAAGACAGCCACACACCGUGGCUCUAGGAAUCGCUAUAAGUACAGACGGGAUAGCACAAGGAUGGCAGCAGGGACGAUAAUCAAUAGCAUGCUGUCUCCAGAUGAGGAAGAAGGAAGUGGUUAUGGAGCAUACACUCUGCCCUGCAGACGCUCACACUGCCUUUCUGAAGGUCCUCCCAGCCAACAGCGGACACUGUGCUCCAGCAUGCAUGGAAGGCGUGCACAGACUUCACAUGACAUCACAGCAGGCGAGGGCAGUGAAUAUGGAGACAGUGGAAUCGAUGGUGUGACUGUUGAUGCCAAGCCCCAGUCACGUCGCUGCAAAGCCAUGUCGGCUUCUUUCUCCGUGUACUCUGCAGUCAGCGCCAGGAGCAGUAGUGGCAGCAGCAGUGGAGGAGGAGGGGAUCGGGAGCGACGGUUGGGUGAAGGCAACGGAGUAUAUGAGAACUUUCGACAGGAGCUUGAGUCAAGCUCACGGCUGACAUACGAAAGCCUGGAGGAGGCAGGGUCGGCUGUCAGUGAUGAGAGAAGCAGUGGCACAGCAAGUUCUGUCUUCCUGUCUGAGGCACUGUUUCUGGAGACAACACAUGGUACAGUACGCAAGGCAGGUGCUUUGGCUGUGAAGAACUUCUUGGUACAUAAGAAAAAUAAGAAGGUGGAGCCUGCAACAAAGCGCAAGUGGAAGCGUUACUGGGUAUCACUGAAAGGCUGCACCCUCUUCCUUUACGAGACCGAUGGACGAUCAGGAAUUGAUCACAACAGUAUCCCCAAGCAUGCAGUGUGGGCUGAGAACAGCAUCGUCCAGGCUGUUCCUGAACACCCCAAGAAGGACUUUGUUUUCUGCCUAAGUAACUCAUUAGGUGAUGCUUUUCUCUUCCAGACGUCAGGGCAGACAGAGCUGGAGAACUGGAUCACGGCCAUCCACUCAGCAUGUGCUACGGCAGUGGCCCGGCAGCACCACCGCGAGGACACCGUGCGUUUCCUGCGUGCUGAGAUAAAGAAGCUGGAGCAGAAGAUUGAUAUGGAUGAGAAGAUGAAGAAGAUGGGAGACAUGCAGCUUUCAGCUGUCACUGACAGUAAAAAGAGAAAGACUAUUCUGGAACAGAUCUUCCUUUGGGAGCAGAACCUCGAGCAGUUUCAUGUGGAUCUGUUUCGCUUUCGCUGUUAUUUAUCCAGCCUGCAGGGCGGCGAGCUUCCUAACCCCAAGCGCCUACUAGCUUUCGCCUCGCGCCCCACAAAGCUGGCCAUGGGCCGCCUGGGUAUUUUCUCCGUCUCUUCCUUCCAUGCCCUGGUUGCAGCACGGACAGAGAGCGGUGUUCGGAGGCGGACCAACGCCCUGUCCCGAUCUUCCAGUAAACGCAAAAGCCGAUUUUCCUCACUGUGGGGUCUGGACACUACCUCAAAGAAGAAAAGCAAAAGCAGACCCAGCAUUAGCCAGGUGUUUGUAGAUGGCGAGGACCCAGCGAAGAAAAGUCUGGAGGAAAUGUUUGGUGAUCCGACUAAGGAGAGCUUGGAUCAGACAGGGUCCAUGAGGAGCCUUCCUCAGCAUGCUGCAGACAGUGAUGUCUGGGUUACUGAAUACCUCACUCCAUCAUGGCUCAUUUUGCCCAAUGAUCAACCUGUUCUGGCAACUAUACAACCAGGAGAGACAACUCUGGAAGCCCUGGAGUCAGUGUGCAAGGCCCACAGUCUUGAUCGGCCCAAGCACUAUCUCCGGCUUAAGUUUCUAAUCGACAAUCAAGUGCAAUUCUAUGUCCCUAAGCCUGAAGAGGAACUCUGGGACCUGCUUUACAAAGAGAUUGAAAUUUGUACCAAAUCUACCAAAGUUAUCCAGUUUGACAGAAAUGAAUCCUGUGCAAUUGGUUAUGGGUUUUCUGUAGUUGUGGUGGAUGAGGAUGGAACACAGCAGCUACAUAUUACAAACGUGAAGGCAGGAUGCAUGGCUUUUACUAAAGGUCUGAGAGCUGGUGAUGAGAUCCUGAAACUGAACGAUAAAGAGGCGAGUGCGUUGGAGCUGUCAGACCUGAAUGCUGCAUUUGCUCAACCUUCUCUAACUCUCACCGUCAGUGCUGUGCCCUCAUCUGAGCCAUGUCAACGAUAUCCACAGCUUCCUCGUCGCUCAGAGGCACAACACGACCAUUACACAGACAUCUUCUCGCAGAGCCAAGAGGACAUCCUGGAUGAGGCCUCUGGACUUGUGCUUGAAAGCCCAGACACUGCAGAAGUAGAAGAACGUGUCACUUUACCUGUGGAUGAUGCGGUGGAUGGCUCAGUGGCUGAGCUGGAUACGGACUCUGAACACAAGAGUACAGAGCAAAUGACUGCAUUCUGCCGCAGUUUUCAUGACAUGAAUCCUGCCAAGUCUGUUGCAUCCUCUUCCUCAUCCGCCUCCUCCUCAUGUGUACCUAGCCCUAUUUCUCCAGUGCCUGUACCCUCCACCCAGCGGCAGCUCUCUGAUGCUGACAAGCUGCGCAAGGUUAUAAGUGAGCUAGUGGAUACAGAGCGCACCUAUGUGAAGGACCUACAUUUUCUGAUAGAGAGAUACUUGACUCCUCUGCAGAAGGAACAUUUCCUGUCACAGGAUGAGCUCGAUGUGCUUUUUGGGAACUUGCCAGAGAUGGUUGAGUUUCAAGUGGAGUUCCUUAAGACUCUGGAAGAUGGAACAAGAUUGGUUCCAGAUUUAAACAAGCUUGAGAAAGUGGAUCAGUUCAAGAAAGUGUUGUUCUCUCUUGGUGGCUCGUUCCUCUACUAUGCCGACCGCUUCAAAAUUUACAGUGCUUUUUGUGCCAGCCAUACAAAAGUUCCUAAAGUCCUCACUAAAGCUAAAACAGACCCAGAGUUUAAAGCAUUCCUUGCCAAGAGGAACCCAAGACAGCAACACUCAUCCACUCUGGAGUCCUACCUGAUCAAGCCAAUCCAGAGGGUACUGAAAUACCCAUUGCUGCUCCGAGAGCUCUACUGUCUUACUGACCCUGAUAGUGAGGAGCACUACCAUCUCAAUGUUGCUAUUAAGGCAAUGAAUAAAGUGGCCAGUCACAUCAAUGAGAUGCAGAAGAUCCAUGAGGAGUAUGGAGCUGUGUUUGACCAACUUAUCAGUGAGCAGAGUACAGACAAGAAAGAGGUGGCAGAUUUGUCUAUGGGUGACCUGUUACUGCAUGUUACUGUGGUUUGGAUCAAUCCUCCAUCAUCUCUGAUGAAGGGAAAGAAAGACCCAGAGCUUGCUGCCUUUGUUUUCAAGACAGCCAUAGUUUUUGUGUACAAAGAUUGCUCCAAGCAGAAGAAAAAAAUUGGAACGUCUCAUAGAGGCUUUAUUUCUGAUGAGCGAGACCCAUUUCGAUUCAGGCACAUGAUUGCUUCAGAUGCUCUCCAAGUCCGGAAUACUACCAAUUCUGAUGGAACGGCAGUAUGUGAGAUAGUUCACGUAAAAUCAGAGUCUGAAGGGAGGCCAGAGAGGACUUUUCAUCUAUGUUGUAGCUCCUCUGAGAGUAAGAGGGACUUCCUGAAAACAGUCCAUUCUGUCUUAAGGGAUAAACAGCGUAGGCAGCUGAUGAAGACAGAGAGUUUGCCUCUUAAUCAGCAGUACGUUCCAUUUGGAGGAAAGCGCUUCUUUGCACUGAAAGGAGCCAGGCCCAUGAACAGAGCAGUUUCAGCGCCACCUGGAAAGCUCGGCCGAAAAAGACUUGUGCGCAACCGCUUCACAAUCAACACCGACAUUGUUUUUGACAAUUACUCUAGCCAAGACUCCACAGAUCUUCCUCAGAGACAUUAUCCCUUGCCAUCCCAGAACAAUCAGCAAAAUGAUGGAGACACAAACCACUGGCUGGAGGAGCAAUUUGACCUGCAGCUGUAUGACAAACAGACUGAUGUAAAGGAGACAGACAUCCUCAGCGAUGAUGAUGAAUACUGUGAGUCUGUGAAGGGUUCCUCAGCUGAGCCCAGCUUGGAAGAAUCUUUCGAAGCUCUUAUUGCUGAAGUAGAGGAGGACCAGAAGGAGCAGGACAAAAAGGAGGAAGACAGUGUUCCCAACAGAAGUUCAGAGAACAAGCUCCCAGAAACAUCCCUUGGACAACUAAGGUUGGCCCCACUACGCAAGCAGUGUGCUGUAGAGGAUGAGGUGGCCCAGAGGGAGGUGGAGGUUAUCUGGGUUCGCAGAGAUGAUUUCAACAGUGGCUGUGGGACUGAUAUCUUCUGAAGUCAAUGGUGAAAGUCCAAGAGAGUGAAAAAUUAGAUGCAUACAAACAUUUAAGCCAGUUGUCUACCCAUAGAUUAAGCUCACUGGCAAACAAAAUGUCAAAGGAUGGUUUGUUACUGGUGUAAAUACAUUUGCCAAUAAGCUUAAAGAAGCAAUAUGGCUUACAAUCAAUGGAUCUUCAAGACCCUGCACACCUUGUUUGGAUGUAGUAACACUAUUUCCAAGCUCUUAAGUAGUGUAUCAUGACUGUGUGAACUAGCUUAAGGUUUAAAAAACAUCUGAAUGGAAUUGCACAGCAAUGUGGACUCCAUAUCAACUUUCACCUGGGACCUACUGCACAAUCACACGUCUAAGGAUCCUACACGUUCUGAUAUGCUGCAUGUUGUGCACUCCUAUCCUGUAGGCAGCUACACUUCCUUUCCAAAUCUAUUUGCCAAAAUAAUUAUUUUUGUAAAAAUGCUAGGAACGUGGGUCUUUUCUGUUUUUAUAGCUUUUGACCACUGUUCUAUACUCAAGGGCUGUGUGUGUUUGUGAUGUCCAGGGAGUCACGGCUAAACUCAAGCCUUAUUUUUCUCAACAGCACCACACAGAUCACUUUGUCCAGAGUACAAGAGUAUAGUGUUGCUAUUACGUUCCUCUGUACGUUCACUGUUUACUAUUAAGCAUUUGCAACAUCUUUUUGCAUUCCUUUCCUAUUGGUUUUACAGUAUACCCUCCAGUCCAGUAUUACCCAACCCUAUUAACUGAAGGGAUGAUUUAAAUUAUUGUUAUAGAUCCUGCUGUACUUGAAUUUUCUAUCAUAGUUGUUUUGGGAAGGUGUUAUGCCCUGACCUUUUAGCCCCGCACACUGCAAUAACGGGAGUACUUUUGGUUCAAGGUACCAAACUCAUCACAAUUUUGUCAAACACUGAAUUACAAACCCACUCAAGGUCAACAUUGACACACUGUACGAUGUAACAUCACCAAUCACACUUGUAAUGUAGUGAACAACACUUGAAUAACAGUUCAAAAGCAGUGAGUUUUAAUUGAAUCAUGUGAAAUAUAAGGCUUCGAUGAAUUUGGACCUUUUGUUGUAUUUUAUACAACUGUUGUUUAGAUGAUGGUGGAUAAAGCAUAUUAAUAAAAGUUAUAUUUUUAAAAUGAAAAUGGACGAUGUGAAAUGCAAUCACUUUUGGCUGAGAUGUGUUGUAAAAAAAACUUGUAAAUAUUGUUCAACUUUUACUUUGUGGAUUUUUGAAAAUGUAUACUCAUAGUUUUGUGACCUAUUAUUAUUGCGCUUCUUUAAAUAAAAAAAUCUUUAUUUA